GGACGAAGGUUUUGUGUUUUUACUGUAACGUUAAGCUUGCUUUGUCAUCGGUGUGGAGGUCGCAAUCACUUCCCGCCGUCCAUUCUCUCUGUAGCAUGCUACGAGUCACGUCCAAGCUUCGUCAGAUGUCCACGCGAAGCACCACAGCCAGCGGCUCUACCGUGUAUGAGUCGGAUCGUGCGGCUCACGAGUAUCUUCAGUUCCACUUCGGGGACUCCAGCGAAGUCGUGCCGUAUUCGUUUACCCCGGCAGACGCACUGCAAUUCCUUCCUCGAUGUGUGCAGGAUUCCGUGACUCAUCUCCCGAAGGAACAUCGUCGCCAACGCGCGUUGGAGGUCGGAUGCGCCGUUGGUCGAUCGUCGUUUGAAUUGGCCCGUCACUUUGACGAGGUGGUGGGCAUUGAUUUCUCGCACCACUUUAUCGAGGUGGCGAACGGCAUCAAGGCCACCGGGUCGGCCGAGUACGAAGCGUUGAUUCAGGGCGACGUGAAGCAGACCCGCUUGGCCAAGGUCGCCGCCGACAUCGAUCGGUCCAAAGUUACGUUUACACAAGGCGACGCGUGCAACUUGGACACUACGGCACUGGGCUCGUUUGACUUGGUGUUUGCGUCGAACUUGCUCUGCCGGCUGCCCCAACCCAAGCAAUUUCUGGACGCAUUGCCGUCUCUCGUGCGUCCGAACGGCCUCUUGGCGCUGAUCAGCCCAUAUUCGUGGCUGGAAGAGUAUACGCCCAAGGAGCAUUGGAUUGGCGGCACGGUGCUUGCAGAUGGCACGGCCGUCGACUCGUUUGCGGAAAUCCAACGACUGCUGGCGCCCCACUUUACCCUCGUGGACCGGACGCAGUACCCGUUUCUGAUCCGCGAACACGAUCGCAAGUUCCAGUACGGUGUCUCAGACGGCACGUUCUGGCGCCGAGUUUGAGACUGAGCCAAGACGGUAGUUAGUUACUUCGAAGUAAGUACAUGUGUACACAGACAACAUCUCAAUCAUUCCUCUGCUCGUUGAUAAAUACUAGUUUACCUCGUAUGCGG